CAAUUACCAAUAAUGCAACGUGUAUUUGUGUGCAGCAUUCUUGUAUUGUGUUUGGCCCAAACAGUUCUAAGCAUCAAAUGUUGGGAUUGUCGUUCCGAUAAUGAUCCCAAAUGUGGUGACCCAUUCGAUAAUAGCACCUUGGUUAUUACGGACUGCAAUCAAUUAAAAGAUUUGGAGCACUUGCCGGGCGUACGUCCGACCAUGUGUCGUAAAAUCAGGCAGAAGGCUCAUGGUGAAUGGCGUUAUUUCCGCAGCUGUGCCUUCAUGGGAGAACCUGGCAUUGAAGGAGAUGAACGUUAUUGUUUGAUGCGUACGGGCAGUUAUAACAUUUUCAUGGAAUACUGUACAUGCAACAGCAAAGAUGGUUGUAAUGGAGCCAGUCUCAUGAGUGGCAAUCAAUUGGCCAUAGCAGCGACAACAAUGCUGGUAUCAACCAUUGCUUGGUUUUUGCGACAAUAGUAAAGAGGGGG